AUGGAGCCCGUUCCUGUCACCGUGAUUACCGGCUUCCUGGGCUCUGGCAAGACCACCCUUAUAAACCACAUCUUGACCGGCCAGCACGGCAAGAAGAUUGCGAUCAUCGAGGUCGGCGUGGACGACGGCCUGGUGGUCGAGACCAAGGAGGAGAUCUUCGAGAUGAACAACGGCUGCAUCUGCUGCACGGUGCGCGGCGACCUCAUCCGCAUCCUGCACAAGCUGCUGAAGCGCAAGCACCGGUUUGACGCCAUCCUCAUCGAGACCACGGGGCUGGCCGACCCGGCGCCCGUGGCGCAGACUUUCUUCGUUGACGACGAUCUCAAGGACCUGGUGCGCCUGGAUGCCAUCCUCACCGUGGUGGACGCCAAGCACAUCCUGCAGCACCUGGACGACGCGCAGAUUGAGGAGGGCGCCGAGAAUGAGGCGGUGGAGCAGUUGGCCUUUGCCGACCGCAUCCUGCUCAACAAGGUGGACCUGGUGAGCCAGAAGGAGAAGGCGGCCGUGGUGAAGCGCAUCAAGGGCAUCAACGCCGCCGCCGAGAUCAUCGAGACGGUCAACUCGCGCGCCGACUUGGACCGUGUGUUGGGCAUCCGCGCCUUCUCCCUUGACCGCAUCCUGGAGGAGGAGCCAGACUUCCUGGAUGAGGGCGCCGAGCACAGUCACAGCUCCGACGUGACGUCGGUGGGCAUCGACGCCGACGGCAACCUGAGCUUCGCCAAGGCCCAGCGCUGGCUCAGCAAGCUGCUGCAGGACAAGGGCGCCGACAUCUUCCGCUCCAAGGGCAUCCUGUGCUUUGAGGGCUCCGACGACAAGCACGUCUUCCAGGGCGUGCACAUGCUGCUGGCCUUCUCCUCCAGCGCCGAUGGCGCCGGCCGCCCCUGGGGCCCCGAUGAGAAGCGGGUGAACCGCCUGGUCUUCAUUGGGCGCAACCUGGACCGGGACGAGAUCAACGCCAGCUUCCGCAGCUGCCUGGUGGGCUCCGCGCCCGCCGCCUGA